AUGGAUAAAAAUUUGUGUAAAAAGUUCCAGGAUGUAAGGAACUCGCUUCCUGAUUAUUUACACACUAAUGGAAGCUAUAAAUUUAGCGAUGCUGAGUUUUUAAAUAAAUAUUGUUAUUGUAAUAAAUGUAAUAGUGAUUACGAUAUACUAUAUGCUGGAUUUUUAUAUUUUUUUAAUGAAUUCUUUGGGAAUCUUAAUUCGUUUAAUAACCAAAAUAAAAACAACGAUAUUGUUGAUUACAUUAUUAUAUGGUUAAGUUAUAUGUUAAACCUGGGAAAAAAUCAAGACCAGAACGUUAUAAAGAAUUUUUAUAAUAAUUACAUUAAUAGCAGUCAUAAGUAUAACAAGGGAACAAAUGAUGUUAGUGAUUAUGAGAGUUAUAAGGAUAUUAUAGAAAAAAAAAAUGAUUUAUUGUAUAUGGAUAGUAAUAAUGUAUCUAAAUUUUAUGAAGCAUUUAAAUUAUUAUGUGAAAUGUAUACUCAAUUUGAUGAUGACAAUAAAAAUUGCAAGAAUUAUUUGGGAGAUAAUAAUGAUUUUUUAAAAAAAACUCAAGAACUUAAGCAAGAUACUAGUAUUACUGGAAAUAAUUCAUAUAAUCAACUAUUGUCAACUUUAUCAACUGAUUAUAAUAAUUUAAAAGAUAAAUGUAACGAUACUUUAUCCUCUUCAUCGAAAGAAACAAAUCAAAUUCCUGCAAAAGGUUCUGAAGAAGCUUCUGUACAAAUUUCGGAUUUCACAUCAUCAAGUUCGUCGAUAGUAAGCAAAUUAAUUCCAGUUUUAUUGAUAUUUGCUACAAUACCAAUUUUCUUGGGAAUUGCUUAUAAGUAUUCGUUAUUUGGAUUUCGGAAACAAUCUCAAAAACAACAUUUAAGAAAAAAUUUAAAAAAAUAA